GUCAGUCUUUCUUACACACCGGUCGUCGUAGGAAUUACCCAAAGACUCGUUCUCCAAAGGUCGUCUCGAUUCACGCGAAACAUAUGAUUUGCUAAAUCGAUAAUUGAAGUUUUAAGUUAACUAAGUGGCCAUGCAUCAAUUAUUAUUUACGGUUUUUGUAACGGGUGUUUGCUUUUUUAAUUGUGCGGGAAGUGAGGAACAUGUUAGUGAACUAAAAGGUACACACCAUAAAAGGAAUACGGACACUCACGAAGCUUACUAUCAUACAGGAGUAGAAUCUUAUCACAACCAAGAAGGUUAUGGCCCACCACAUCAUAAUCAUGAUGGAUAUCAUCAACCAGGAGCUGAACCUCGGUCGUAUUCUGGAUCCAACGCAGACUCUUGGAACGAUUAUCAAACACGACAAAGAAUUCCACAACAUAAUCCCUUCAAUACUCCUCAGGAUAUUUUUCCGCGGCAAAGAAUCCCACAACGUAAUCCAUUCACUACUCCUCACGAUUAUCAAACACGACAAAGAAUUCCACAACACAAUCCGUUCAAUACUUCUCCCGAUCAUGAUUCAUCAAAUUGUGAAUCUUGCGGCGAUGACAGAAAUGGUAGAAAUAAUCAGAAGUCCGAAGCAGUAACUACAAAAUACGCUAACAAUAGCGCAAAAGAGAUUCCCAGAGAUUUUUUGGAAAAACUGGAUAUGUAUGACGUAGAUGAUAUUUUGCUUAACUAUAUUGACGGUUAUGAGGAUGACGACCAGACUCCAUUGUUUUCAAGUAGAUUUGGAUCUGACACACAAGAGAGAAGUAAGUUGGGAAAGAAGGCCGGACAUAUUCCAGCUAAAGCAGGUUGUAAGCCGGAAAACACUACAGUUCCUCUGGUAAAUUCAGACGAUCCUUCUAUUUUGUACAUUCCUAAAUGUACAAGAAUUGAGAGGUGCAAUGGGUGCUGUUCACAUCGACUACUUGCAUGUCAACCUGUUGAAAUCGAAACUAUUUCUGUACAAGUGAUAAAAGCUCAAUAUACUGGCGACAAAAAGAUGCGAUACGUGUCCAAGGAACUCAUUCCAUUGGAGAGGCAUUUAAAAUGCAAAUGCGACUGUAAAGUAAGGGCAGAGCAUUGCCUCCCAAAUCAAGUAUACAGAAAGGACGAAUGCGAUUGUAUUUGCACAAACACAGACGAAGAGAACAAAUGUUACAGGGACUACGAGAAGAAAGAGUGGGAUAUCGACACUUGCUCCUGCAAAUGUAGAGGAGUAUACGAAUGCUCAACGGGAUCCGUUUACGACCACAAUGAAUGCAGAUGUAAAACCGCGCCAAAGAGAAGAUACGCAGCUUUGGAAAGACGAGCACACAAUAGAGAGAAGCAACAUGUUGAUCCUUUAGACCUAUAAGUAGAUUUUGAUUUGUAAAAUUAUUUAAUAUAUUCAUGAAAAGAAUAUUUUUUUAUCUCAUCUGAAUUCAGAGCUCUUUUCUCUAAAAGUAGUUUUUUGUGAGUUACAUACAAAAUUAUAUAAGAUGAUCCAUUAGUGUUAGUAGGAACACAAUCACGUAUUUUUUAGAUUACAUUGCUAUGUACAUACUUACCUAUGUCAACUGGACAAAUCAAUUAUUCUUUCCAAAUCCAAAAUCCGUUAUUCCGAUUUUGGUAAAAACAUUUAAAAUUGACGAAGUUAUAAGAAAAAGACCUAUAUAAAGUUUUCUAUAUUCCUUAAUAUCAAUAACUUAUCUUAAAUUAUACUUCUGAGUUGUAGUAAGAUCUGCAACACUUUCCAAACAAACUAAUAAUUACAACCAAAACCAAAUGACAAAAUGACCUAAAAAUAUUAGAAUUAAAUUAGAUAAGAAGGUAAUUAUUUUAUUAUGCGAGUCAAUGCUUCAACACGUCCACUGCUUGUAAAAAAUAGAAUCUAUCAAUUGUUGCCAACUGUUCAUUAGACGUGUGUGUUGACAGCUCCAAGCGUUGCCACGUACAUUAACAAUUUAAUAUAAGAAAUAGUGUAGGAAAGUGUGAUCCAAUGAAAGUGUCUAGCAAACUUUUGCUGGUUAGAAGUUUCUAUGGCAAUUUACUGGAUGUGCAAUGAUUUUCUGUCCAUAAUGAAAUAAUUUCAUGUAUUAAUAAUAAUCAAACUACAUUUAACGAUGCUACGUAGAGAACUGUAAAAAUAUUUAUUAUGACCAAUCCUCUAUAAAUACAGCAAAUGGCAUUUACGAUGUGGUUGAGUGACUGCCGUUUGUGUUUGUGUAUUCUAUAUAAACAGACUUGUGCCCACCACUGUUUAAUCGCAAUGAU